AUGAAUGAUGAAGAAUCAAAUUCCACAGAAAGUAUAUAUAUUUUGGACUACACAAAAGUAUAUAUCCAUGAUGAGAUGACACAAACAAAUAAACUAACAUUAAUAUCAUGCGAAGAAACAGAACACCCACUAUGGGAUGAAUUUCGCCUUAUUGAAGAAUUGGUUUGCAAUAGCAGCUAUAAGCAAUCGAAAAAUGGUAGAUCACAUAUUUGUUUAAUAACAGAAAAGCGAGGAACAUAUAUCAACAAUUUUGCAGUUAUAAACUCUGUUCUCCAAACACUAAGUUCAUGCUUUCUGUUAAGAAAAGAUCUUUUUUCUGAAAAUCAAUACUUAAGUGAUGAAAUUAACUUAAUAGCCGAUAUCUUAAAUAAUAUGGAAGAAGAAAAAUAUUCAGUUGACUUUUCAGUAUUUAAAAUAUUUACUCAAUCGAUCUCUCCCUCACUAAUUUUAAGAAACAUAUUAAAUCCAGAAGUUUUUGGAUUUGAUUUCAAUGUAGGCUCUCAAACUUUUUCAGAAACUGUCUCCAGAUUAAAAACAGAUGAAACAAUUGAAGAUUUUAUAAAGAAUAAUAAUAGAUAUAAUCCAAAAGCAUUCAUUAUCUUUAAACUUGAUCGGUACAACAACGAUGAAUAUACGUUCCCUAUGUACCUUGAAUUUAAAGAUGAUACAUUUUAUUAUUAUUUUUAUUUACAAGCUGUUACAACAAAGCAUGGCGAAAGUUAUAAAACCUAUACAAGGUAUUUAUGUGGAAAAAAGUUUGUGUCAUAUCAGAAGAUAUAUUUGAGUCCUAAUUCAAUUUCAGAUCCUAAACUGCAAAUUCAAGAUGAUUAUGAUGCCAAAAGGUCUCAACUGUGCUUAUAUUUUUGCUUCAAAAGUAAGCAUAAUGAAAAUAUUGAACAAAAUCAUGAUAAUUCUAAUCAAGAUACCAAUGCAAAUAAUCACAAUGAUGCAGAUGAAGUCAAAGAUUCAGGUGAUAACAAUGAUGCAGAUGAUAACAACGAUGAAGAUGAUAGCAACGAUGAAGAUGAAGGUAAUUAUUCAGAUACUGAUGACUAUAAUGACAUGGAUGCAGAAAUAAAUGAUGAUAUUAAUAGUGAAAUCGGAGAUGAAAGACCUUAUAAUGAAAUGAAUUCAGAAAACGCAACUGAAGUUAAUGAAAUACAGCUAAAUGAUAUGCUAAAUAACCUUCCAAAAUUACAUUUUGACCAUUUAAAUAGGAGUCCUUGCUACUUUUCCGAUCAGGAACUUCAAGAGAUCCUAAACUUUUUAAUUAGAAAUAAUAAUGUGCCUCAACAAACUAAAAUUUCAUAUUCAGCAAUAGCCAAAAAACUUCAACUAGGAUAUUGGACAAUAUACAGGUGGAGCAAAAAACUAUUGCAAGAUCGUGAGUACAAUCCAAAAAUUAAUAUACGCUCUAAACAAAAAAUGACACCUGAAUUAGAGUCAAUAAUUUUAUUUAUCAUUCAAUAUCAUUAUAUAGAAGAAGGGUUUUACAUAAAUAGUUUUAUACUCAAAAACAUUGCAUUAAGAUGCUCGAUAGAAUUUGAGGAUUUGAUGCUCAAAGAUGGAUUCACAGCAUCAGAUCAAUGGUGUCGUACAUUUAGAAAUAAAUUUGAUAUUGUUUUUCGGGCAAUGCACGCAAACAGAGGCUGCUCACCUGAUAAUUUAUCUGAGGAAGAAAUUAAAAAAUUUCAAGCAUUAAAGGAAUCUUUGAUAAUCCAGCACUCUGAAGAUCCUUAUAUUUCCCACCUAAUCAAUAUAGAUGAAACAAAAUGGUGGGAACACCCGAAAUUUGGGUUAACCUUUGCGUUUAAAGGAGCAAAAAGAGUAGUUUAUAAAAAAUUUGAUGAAAAAGCCUGUCUCACAGCAAUAGCAACAGUUACUUCAAAAGGAAAUAAACUUCCAUUGGUUCUUUUGGUAGAAACAGAAAACGAAAUGAAUAAUAUUAAAAAGGAUUUUCCCACAGUCAAUGUUUUUUAUUCAUCAUCAGGUUGGUCAGAUGAGAAUUCAAUGACUAAAUAUCUUCAAAUCGUUCGCGAGUUCUAUAACAAAUUUUAUUCACAACAAAGUAUAGAAGCACAAAAUUAUUACAAGGAACAUUAUCAAAUCGAUUUAGUUUAUGACUCUUUCCCAAGUCAUGUCAGCGCAAUAGAAGUUGCCAAAAGGCUCGGAUUUAAUAUCCAUUUGGUUCCGGUAGGCGCUACCGGACGUUGUCAACCUUUGGAUCAAAAUGUCUUCGGUGCAUUGAAAGGUUUAGCAAAUACCUUAUACUGGAAUAAGUUUCUUAAAAAUCGCAACUCUCCCUUAAACAGGAUUAACUCAAUUAGAAUAUUGUAUGACGCUUGGGAUUUAGUAAGUGAAAAAACUAUAACAAUGGGAUGGGAAGUUUAUGACCAAAUAGUAAAUGAAUCAAAAUAUGAUCAUACUUCAAUUUUCAAUGAUUUAGUAAAUAAAUAUGGCGAUAUAUAUAUAUAUGAACGAAUCAUGAAUAUUAAUUCCAAGUUUUUAGAACAGGAUGAUGAAAAUACUGAUAAAUACAUUUUAAAUCCAUCUAGAAAUUAUUCUCAUCCUGUGGAGAAGAUAGUUAAUAAUCUAAUAUUUAUUCAAAAAACAGGGCUGAUGGAAAACCAUGAGACAGUUCAUGAAUGUUGGUCUGAUUUUCAUGACAGACAAUUGGAAAUUUCAACUAUUAAACUUCACGGAGAAACUUCAUUAAAAACAUUCAUUACAUUGCUUUUACCUGCUCCAAAUACCUAUUCAACCAAUUUCUCGACUCUAACAUCAUGUUUAUAUAAUCUUGUUUCUUGUUUCUAUUCAGGUGCUAAUUGUUCACUAUUUUUAAAAGAUGAUGAAUUAUUGAAUUUAAAGGAAUGUUUUAAAGAGCAUUUAGAAUGUAUGACAGGACAUUGUUAUGGAUGUAAUUUCGAUUCCAUUAAAAAAUUCGAUAAAAUUAUAUCUCCCUCACUAAUUUUAAGAAACAUAUUAAAUCCAGAAGUUUUUGGAUUUGAUUUCAAUGUAGGCUCUCAAACUUUUUCAGAAACUGUCUCCAGAUUAAAAACAGAUGAAACAAUUGAAGAUUUUAUAAAGAAUAAUAAUAGAUAUAAUCCAAAAGCAUUCAUUAUCUUUAAACUUGAUCGGUACAACAACGAUGAAUAUACGUUCCCUAUGUACCUUGAAUUUAAAGAUGAUACAUUUUAUUAUUAUUUUUAUUUACAAGCUGUUACAACAAAGCAUGGCGAAAGUUAUAAAACCUAUACAAGGUAUUUAUGUGGAGAAAAGUUUGUUACUUAUAAAAACAUAUUUGUGAGACCAGAUAAAACAAAGUUUGAUUUGCCGAGAUUAAAUGAUACGUAUCCAUCAUCACAUUCUUAUAUUGCAUUAUAUUUUUGUUUUAAACUGCCUCACAAACAAAACGCCCAGUCAGUUUCACCUCAAACAAGAGUGCAAUUACAAGCGAAUCAAACCACUCAGUCAGUUUCACCUCAAACAAGAGUGCAAUUACAAGCGAAUCAAACCACUCAGUCAGUUUCACCUCAAACAAGAGUGCAAUUACAAGCGAAUCAAUCGGCCCGGUCAGACCUAGAUAUUCGUAUCAAUUUAUCAUUCAUUCGAGUUCUCGAUAAUUCAAUAAUGACUGGACUUGAGAAUGAUUCUUAUAUUUGCUUUGCAAUAGCACUAAUCCAGGUUCUUUUACAUAUAAAACCAUUUAUGGAUAUUAUCGAUAAAAACUUAAACAACAUAAUUUGUCAGCAAAUCUCAAACAUUGCUAAAAAAGUUAAAGCAAAACAAAAACAUGCAACAGAAGAGAUCACCAAAAUUUUACAGCAAUUUGGUAUGGCUUCGACUCAAAACACUUAUCAAGAUACGUAUGAAUUAUUUUGUGAAAUGAUCAAUUCUUUAAGUGAAAUUAAUGAAAUUGAUCACAUGUUUAGAAUUAACGAAGAAACAAGUGAUGCAUCCGUCUUUUGUGCCGAGAUUUUAUUAACAGUAUCGAAUCCGUGUUUUUGUGCAAAUAAUCUACAAAUGCAAUUAUUUCCAUGUAUACUUACAAUUUGUCUUGAAUGGAAUUAUACUCCAGAAUACAAUUCGAUGGACAAAAUAUUUCCGUAUGAGAUAACUAAGAAUGAAGUGCAUUAUAUUCUAUUUGGUAUUAUAGUUCAUCAAGGUGAUAGAAGCCCUCAUCAAUUAGAUGAUCAUUAUGAUUCCCAUUAUGUUAGUUUUAUCAGACAAAAAAAUGCAAAUGCAAAUAUCCAGAUUGUUAAAUUUGACGAUUCACGAGUAACUGUUUUGACAGAAAGAACAGCAUCUCUGCAGAUCACAAAGAAAGCAGGUGGAAGGUUUUUAUUAUUUUAUUUUAAAAUCGAUUAG